AAUCCCCCCCCCCAUUCUUAUUUGCAUAUGACGUCAGAGCCAGGAGCUCCCCGGAAGAGGCGCGGGUCCAGGCAGCUAUCGCGACAGACGGCGUUGGAAGCAGCUUUGGCUCAUUGCUGCUCCCACCAGGCUCCCACUGGGCUCCCCCGGCUCUCCUCUACUGGGAUAACACUCCCCCCCCCCCACCUUACUAAGGUGCGAAAGCACAACAUGGGUGCAUGCUGGAUCUAAGCAAGAACAUCUGCUGGACUAAUCCGGUGAUGGAGCAGCAAAUCCGCAGGCCCAUGUCAUUGAUACCAGGACCUAGUUUUGGCACUGUCCGACACCUGUCGAACUGAAAGAGGGCGGAGGUCCCGGGAACACCAUGGCGUGCACUAAGCCACGCACCAGCGCCGUUAACUUUCACGAGGUGCCCCUGCGGGCCCUCAACACGACGGUGCGCAAGCAGCUGGCGCUCUUCCUCAACCCCGUGCUGCUGGGCAGCGCUAACUGGGAGCGCCUGGCCGAGGAGUUGGGCUUCGACUACCUGCACAUCAGGAACAUGGACCGCUGUCCCGACCCGACUUGGAAACUGCUGGACGAAUGCACGUCCCGUAACAACAGCACUGUCGGCGCCCUGCUGGACGCGCUGCUCAAGCUGGAGCGCCAUGAUGUCAUCACCGACCUGCAGGCGGCCAUCGAACAGGACUGCGUGCGUUUCCUUGCGGAGAAGAAGAGUGGUCAUCCUCCUCCCCGCUCGGAACCGGGGCCCUUUGAGCCUCCUGACUGUGUGACGAUGCGCGACGUUCCGGAAGUGUACGUGGAGAAGUUCGAUGCCUUCGUCUGCUACUGCUACGCCGACAUCGAUUUCGUCAAGGAGAUGAUUCAAAACCUGGAGCGCAGCUCUUACUCCCUCAAGCUGUGCGUGAUGGACCGCGACGUGCUGCCGGGCCAGUGUGUCUACACCAUUUCCAGCGAACUCAUCGAGAACCGGUGCAACAAAAUUGUCGUGAUCAUCUCGGAUGAUUUCCUUGAGAGCAGCGAGUGCGACUUCCAGACCAAGCUUGCACUCAGCAUCGCUCCAGGCGCUCGAAGCCGGCGCCUCAUUCCCGUCAAGUACAAGGCGAUUUCCAAGACCUACCCAGGAAUUCUGCGUCACAUCACCAUGUCUGACUACACCAAGCUCAGCACAAAGGAGUGGUUCUGGGAUCGGCUGGCCAAGGCCAUCAAGUACUAAUCCACGGUUUUCCCUCGGGCCAGGGGAGGACGACGGGUGAAGGGCAGGGGGGGGUUUCCGAGGUAUGUAACGGAGGAGGUGAGAUGUUCCCAUGCCCCCGAUGACUUUCCACACGUCCUGGGUGUCCGUUCGGCUUGCGUUUAGAACUCAUCAGCAGCACGGCAUGGAAGUGGAGGUGUGUGUGUGGGCGCGGGCGGCCGUGCGAUGACGCCAUCCUCGUGGGAAUGAGCAGGGAUAGCGGGCCCUCACAAUUUACAAAACGUGCGCGGGUGCCCUUGCAUCGAUCGGCCCGCUCGCCCACGGAAGCAACGGUGCUCACCUCUGGAGGCUCUGCCUGCGGUCGUCGCGUCCGCUAGAUCGAGCCGCCGAGAGGGGCCGUUGUUGCAAGUUCGUCGGGCGUCCUCUGUUCUGCGGUGCUACACGGUCAGAACUUGUUGGAAUUUGUGAUUGGAUACGAUUCGGUUGUUACCCGUUUAUAAAGAAAUGUAUAAAUAUCCGUGAGCGUGGCACCGCAUGUGUGAAUAAUCCUCGUUAGGGCUUGUGGUGUGGGGUCAUCGCUUUGCCCUGCAGUGGCCAUGUGGCGCGGUUCAAGGCGUAUCGGCACGCGCUCCCAAGGAUAUAUGCCAUCGGCAAAAGCGACGUGCUGUUUCAAGGACUUGAUGGAUAUUCACCGCGUGGAAUUAGGUCGUUAUUUUUUCAAGAUAACAUUUUCUAAACGAGUUGGUGUAUUGUAGGAUCGUACUCUUAAAUGGAGUAAAUUUAUAUUCUUACAAUGAUGAUUAUUUUUUUAAAUGUAUAAAAUAAAUAUUUGCCCCAAUGUAGUGUUUCCAAUCGCUCGUAACAGCACAGUGCUUGGCUAAAGUUUAUUCUUUUUGGAAUGCUUUGCAUCUGCACCACUUAAGAUUUGCAGAAUUCUAAUUUCUCCAUUUGCCUGCCGCUGCCAGCGGUUAUUCUGCUCAAUUCACAAAAAUGUCGUCAUUCACAACGCAUAUUUUGUUUCCGUCAAACACGUAUGUAUGUAUUUUUUACUUUGACACUGUACUUAGCCAACCUGUGCUAAUCGGAGGUAAGAAGUUCUAAAUAAAAUGAGUUUGCAAUUCUAGUGGCUUCCUAAUAUCGGCCGCGGAAGCCCAUACGAUAUGUGCAUGAUGCGGUGACCGUCUUUGUUUGAUCGCCAACCAAAAGCCGCUGCUGCUCCGAGGAUGAGCGGAGCUCCUAUGAUGAUGCUUGAUGCUCCUUUACUCGUCUUAAUCGCAAUGGAGUUGCACGCACGAUCAAAGGUUCCAUAAAAAUAACGGCUUUGUUGGCUACGUACAGUGCGAAAGUAGUUCCACAUACUUGCAUACCUAGGUACUAAGCAGCCUCCUGGGUUGAACCGUUUAUCCGGUGCACCGCAGAUUCGCGCGAGCCGUCUGCAUGCACUUCUGCGUCUGACAGGGGAGAGGGGCGCGCGGGCAUGUGUUGCAGUGGGAGUUUUGAACUAAGCACUUUUGUGAGUCGUUCCUCGUAUUAUCGCGUGACGUUCCUUGCGUUCCUGCUUCAGUUGAAAAUAUCCCCUUCCCCCCUCCCCUUGGUGAGAUGAGGUGCUUGUGAGAAUGCUAGUUUUUAACACACAGGAGGCUUUUGCGACCAAUAUUAUUCAUAAGACUUUUUUGUGUGUUAGAUCGUGUCGAGCUGGGACUCCCCUAGGUAAACGCAUUUUAUAAUUAUGCGCUCUAACCCAAACAAAAAACCGACUACCGUGAGAAUGUUAUCGAUUGUGUUCACGAAUGCGACGUACGAAUGUGUAAAUGUGUGAACGUGUAUGCUUGUGUGUCGCGUGUGGGGAGCCGGUUGGGCACAACCAGUCAGCGCCACGCUGUGCUAACGAACCCCGGCCAUCCCAGUUCGUUUUUCCCCCGCGGCCACAACAUUGGUGACGAAUAUCUUAGUCGGUCCUGGGACUUUCCCCCUAGGUCGACUCGGCCUCAAAUGAGUACCCGGUGAGGUGGUGUGUAGUAAACAUCGCCACUGGGGGAGACAAAGGUGGCCGGGGCGUGGUGCUGGCCUCCCCACCCCCCUCGUGUGCCACACUGCCGACCCUUUGUCGUUGCUCGUUUAACAGCACUUGCACCAAAAGUCUGAGGCUAUACGGGGGAGAUCUUUGUGUCUAAUACACAAGCAUGCCUCUACAGUAGGGGAAUAUCGUUUUUCCGUCGCCAGCGCUGCGAACCUGACCAAACGUUGCACAUGAUGUGGGGGACAUUGGGGAAAAAUGUUCACUGUAAAAUAUGCCCCCUUUUUUAUUGAUGAAAUAAAGGGAAAAAAUGUUCAGCUUA